UCAGAUCGAGUAUCCAGCCAUUCAAAGUAGUCAUCCACUUCGCAGAUCCCAAGCCAAUAUGGAUCGAAUGCGGAAAAAUACUCCCAAUCCCAACAACUACUUCGUGCUCCAUCGUAUCAUCGUCUCAUCGCUCCUCUUGCUGCUGUCAUGCACGGCGGCGAGCGGCCAGCAAGCCCCGUACAAGCCACUGAUCUCCCGGCUCGCCAAGGACCUCAACACCUCCCUCUACACAAUCACCAUCAAGGCCGACAAGUCGCCGCUCCUCCUCGACCUCGCCGGCUCGCUCGUCUGGUCGACUUGCUCGCCGUCGUCGGCGCACGGCACUGUGGCAUGCGGGUCCGGUAAGUGCGGCAGUGCGGCCAGCCAGGAGUGCCCAUGCCGGUGCAUGCACCUGGAGGGCGGCCAGAUAGGGGAGUCAGGGUCGCGAUGCGCCUGCGCCGGCAACCCAGUCACCCGCCAGUGCUCCACCGCCGGCCUCAGGAGCUUCGCGAUGUCGGCCAACUCCACCGACGGCGCGGUGGAGCUGCUCCCGGAAGAGUCGUUCGACGUCCUCGGCGCCUGCGCGCCGGGCAGCCUGCCGAGGUUGCUCCCCGCGGGCGCCACAGGCGUGGCGGGGUUCUCCCGUCGGCCGCUCUCGCUGCCGUCGCAGCUCGCCGCGCAGCGCGGCUUCGGAGGUAAGUUCGCCCUGUGCCUCCCCGUCUUCGCCAUCUUCGGCGACUCGCCUGUCAACCUGUCGGCGCCCGGGCAAGCGCCAGGCUACGCCGACUACACGACCAUCAUACCGUACACGCCGCUCCUCACAAACCCGGCGAACCCCGCCGGAUACUACAUCCCCGUCAAGGGCAUCUCCGUAUCGUGGCACGGGGCCAACGCCCAGGCGAUCCUCCCGAGCGCCGCGCUCGACCUCGACACCGUCGCCGGCACCGGCGGCGUCGUGCUCAGCACCGCCACGCCCUACAUGAUCAUGCGCCCCGACCUGUUCGACGCGUUUGCCAAGGCCUUCGACGACGUCAUUAUGAGGGGAAAGAUUCCGAUGACGACGGUGGAGCGCGUGGUGCCGGCGCCGAAGCCGUUCAAGCUGUGCUACAGUGGCGGGUUCCCGCUGCUGAAGCGCCCGGUGCUACCUGACCUGCCGCGCAUCAACCUGGAGCUGGGCGCCGGCGCCACGAGGAACUGGACGCUGUUGAACAACAACUACAUGGUGCAGGUGGACGGGGCUUUGUGUCUGGCGAUCCUUCCGAUGGGGCCUGGCGGCAUGCCGGUGGACGGCGAGCCGGCGGUGGUGAUCGGCGCCAAGCAGAUGGAGAACAACCUGCUGGUGUUCGAUGUGGAGAAGCAGGUGCUCGGGUUCAGCAUGCUGCUGGACUUCUCUUUGUCCAGUUGUAUUAGCUCCAAGUUCUUCAGAAACUAGACAUCACAGAUCUCACUUGAGCAGCCAGCUCCAUGUAUCCAAGGCAUUGUACCGCGACGCAGUGCAUAGUAGAAUAAGUUCUUGUGGGCAUCUCAAUAAAAACUAUCUCUUUUUUUUAAAAAAAAGACCA